UUUUCAUUGAACAUGCAUACUGGGUACGAAUCAGCUGCUGUUGUUUAAGUGGUUACCUACCUAUCACCAUUUUGAUUGGCGUAAUAAUCUUGAGUAAUGGCUAGGACAAAGCAAACUGCUAGGAAGUCAACUGGUGGUAAAGCACCAAGGAAACAGUUAGCAACGAAAGCUGCGCGCAAGUCUGCUCCAUCAACAGGUGGUGUGAAAAAGCCCCAUCGUUACCGUCCUGGGACUGUUGCUUUGCGAGAGAUCCGUCGCUACCAGAAGUCCACUGAACUGUUGAUCCGCAAGUUGCCCUUCCAAAGACUAGUUCGCGAAAUCGCACAGGAUUUCAAGACAGAUCUGCGUUUCCAGAGCGCUGCAGUCGGUGCUCUUCAAGAGGCGAGUGAGGCAUACCUGGUAGGCCUGUUCGAAGAUACCAACCUUUGUGCAAUUCAUGCUAAAAGAGUCACAAUUAUGCCGAAGGAUAUCCAGUUAGCCCGCCGUAUUCGGGGAGAACGAGCUUAAAAUUUCAUUCUAAUAAAUGUUAACUUACAU